AUAAAUGUUUGUGUUUGUGAUAGCCCUGUUUUACUUCAUAUUAAUUAUAAAUUGGAUGACAUAGUACAGUACUUAAACACGACUUUAAAAGACAGGGAGAGUAGCCCGUAUCGUCUUCACAUUUUAUGUAGAUAAAGAGAACUAUCUCGUGUUUCUCUACUAUCUAUCAAUAGCGUAAUAAAUUGGAUGAAUGUGCUCAUAGCACUGACCUAUCUAAUAUUAAUUGCAAAUUAAAUUGCAGAGUACAAUAUUGAAUCACCCUUGACAAAAUAGAGAAUUGAGUGUAUCCAUCAUCAAGGACACAUGUGCUCACCCCCUCCCCACCGUCGCUUCCUCCUCCGAGAAGUUUCUCAUAUAUGCCGGGGUGGCUUGAACUGCGCAGGAGAGCAGCAUUGCGCAGGAUGCAUGAAGAGAGAGAACACGGCGGAGCUAACAUGUCUCGAUAAAGUGUACUAAAGCUCUCCUGAACAUCGUGACAAAUAAAGUUGUACCGGACAUUGUGAACGUUGACCGCGUCUAUUCGUCAGGUCAGUGGCUCCAACCCCCCUUUUGGAAAGCCUCGCGCGGCAGCAGACUGCACCAAGCUGGUGUGAGAGCGCGGUUUCUUCCGCGGUGUACCGGCUGUGUUGCGUCUGUCUACCUGUUUCCAAGCAUCUCCUACGGUGCUCUGCUGAUGGAGAACUGAAAGUCGAUACCGAAUCUGCUUCAUCGUGUCCCAUGAGAGGCGCGCUAUAGACGCGCACUGGAGAAAACUCCGGUCCACAGUUGAGGAGGUCGCCGCUGGCGCCCGUGGGAGGAAGCCCGCACUCACGAAUCCAAACGCGCUCUCGCUCGCAACACCGAACCGCUCGUUCCGACAGUUGCUUUCAUUUAUAACUUUUUUAGCGUAUUUGUUAGAAAUGUGGGGAGGUAGGCGUUUGCGCGUGAUGUCUGAAUAAACCAGUAAACAUUGGUUAUACACAGGAACAAGAACAUUUUGGAGGUUCUGCCGUGUUCAACUUAAUUGGCAACACGAUGUCAGCGUUACGGAAGAAAUUUGGGGACGAUUAUCAAGUGGUGACCACAUCUUCCAGCGGCGGGGGAUUUAACCAGGGCGCGCCCGAGAAAAAGAAAAAGCGCCAACGUUUUGUAGACAAGAACGGGCGCUGCAACGUCCAGCACGGGAACCUCGGGGGAGAGACGAGCCGAUACCUCUCUGACCUCUUCACCACACUGGUUGACCUGAAAUGGCGCUGGAAUCUGUUCAUCUUCAUUCUCACCUACACGGUGGCCUGGCUGUUCAUGGCCUCGAUGUGGUGGGUCAUUGCCUUUAUUCGUGGGGACCUAAAUCAAGCCCACGACGACAAGUAUACGCCAUGCGUCGCCAAUGUGUACAACUUCCCAUCGGCCUUCCUUUUCUUCAUCGAGACCGAAGCGACUAUAGGCUACGGUUACCGCUACAUCACAGACAAAUGCCCCGAAGGCAUCAUUCUGUUCCUCUUCCAGUCUAUCCUAGGCUCUAUCGUUGACGCCUUCCUAAUCGGGUGUAUGUUUAUAAAGAUGUCCCAGCCAAAGAAACGGGCAGAGACGCUAAUGUUCAGCGAACACGCUGCUAUCUCCAUGCGAGACGGCAAGAUGACCCUUAUGUUUCGCGUGGGGAACCUGCGCAACAGUCAUAUGGUCUCCGCGCAAAUACGCUGCAAACUACUCAAAUCUCGUCAGACCCCUGAGGGUGAGUUCUUGCCCCUGGACCAGCUGGAGCUGGAUGUGGGUUUCAGCACGGGCGCAGACCAGCUCUUCCUGGUGUCCCCUCUUACCAUCUGCCAUGUGAUCGACUCAAAGAGCCCCUUCUACGACCUCUCUCUCCGAUCCAUGCAGACCGAGCAAUUUGAGAUUGUUGUAAUCCUGGAAGGCAUUGUGGAGACCACAGGUAUGACGUGCCAAGCUCGGACCUCGUACACAGAGGACGAGGUUCUGUGGGGCCAUCGCUUCUUCCCAGUCAUCUCACUGGAGGAGGGCUUCUUCAAGGUGGACUACUCCCAGUUCCAUGGCACUUUCGAGGUGCCCACGCCUCCCCACAGUGUGAAGGAGCAGGAAGACAGCUUGCUCCUGUCCUCGCCCCUCACCGCCCCCUCACUCUGCCCCAGCACAGUGGGCCUGACCGAGGGCAGUGGCACGCUGGAAGGCCUGGAGGUCCAGAGUGACGCAGAGACUGGCUCUGUUAACAUGGCUGCCCCACUCACCAACACCAAGCUCCCUGCCAAGCUGCAGAAGCUGACAGGCAGGGAUGGGGGGCGGGACGGAAUGCCCCGGAAGUUGCUCCGCAUGAGCUCUGAGAUCACCUACAACCUGGGAGACCUGCCUGUCAAACUGCAGCGAAUCAGCUCGGCGCCGGGUGUGGCCGAGGAGAGGCUGCCGCCCAUCAGCUCACUUCUCAGCCCCACAGAGGACAAGCUGCCUGCCAAGCUGGGACUGAUGGGCGGGAUCGAACCCAUUAGCCAAUCGGUGACAGACCUGCCCCCCAAGUUGCAGCGGUUGGCUGGAGGGAUAGGUGGAGGUGGGGUUGGAAUAGGAGGAAGAAUGGAUGGUCACUUGCCUCCCAAACUCAGAAAGAUGAACUCUGAGAGGUUUACAGGGUUAAGUCUGAAAUGAACUGACAUAUGUUCAGCUACUCACUUACCUCCUUUGUAAUGAGAUCUGAUUUAAAUGGACAAUAAUGUUAUAUAGGGAACAUUUUAUAUAUGAAUAUCAUAUUAACUUGAUAUUCCUCAGCACAGUCUGGCAUGUCGGGUUUUUCUCCCACAAUGAGCAUGAAAUAAGGACACAUAUUUAACUAAUAAUUAAUAAAUACAUUAUCAGUGUUGAAGGA